AUGGCUAUUCAGGACGAUUUAAUAUACGAAUUGAACGAAAGAGGUGAGAAUGUGGUAGUAAAAUCAAUAAACUCUGACCGUCAAGCGUUUCUGCGGUUUACAAAUAGAACAUCGCGCCUGGUGGACUUGUGGUGGCGAGAUUUCGGCGGCAGAAGACGACAUUACGAGCGCAUGGAGCCGGGAGCGUUUUAUGAUAUCAAUUCUUAUCUGACGCACCCCUGGGAGUUCACUGACGCGGCGACCGGCGAGCAGUAUGUGAUCAACAAUAAAUAUGUGUUCAGAGCGCCCAACCAUGUGGGGGACAUGUUGUACAGAACUAAUUGGAACAUCACUAUACCCGUGCGGAGUCUCAGAGCCACCACUAUGCUGACGCUGGCUUCAUUACUCCGCAACCCAGAGGCUGCUGAGAGCCUUGACUUACCAAUGGUCCUGACUCGGGAACUUUCAGAGCUUGUGACAAGGAUGCAAAGUCUGACUCCUGUAGAGGAGAACGCGGACACGGAAUGA